AUGGGAGUCGACAUCUGCCACAACAAGGAUCAAAAAUUUUGGUGCAAGGAGCCCAAGAGCCAGGACAUCCACCUAAGGCUGUUGGUCAAGCUGUACAGGUUUCCAGCCAGACGAACCAACUCCACCUUCAACCAAGUUGUGCUGAAGAGGUUGUUUAUGAGUCACACCAACCAGCCUCCUCUGUCCCUUUCCUGGAUGAUCCAGAAGAUGAAGCUUCCUGGCUGGGAAAACGAAAUGGCUGUGGCUGUGGGGACCAUAACAGAUGAUGUACGGGUUCAAGAGGUGCCCAAAGUAAAGGUGUGUGCACUGCAUGUGACCAGCCGGGCCCGCAGCUGCAUCCUCAAGGCUGGGGGCAAAAUCCUCACCUUUGACCGGCUGGCUCUGGACUUCCCCAAGGGCUGUGGCACUGUCUUGCUCUCUGGACCUCACAAGGGGCAAGAGGUGUACCGGCACUUUGGCCAGGCCCCGGGAACCCCACACAGCCACACCAAACCCUACAUACAUUCGAAGGGACAGAAGUUCGAGCAUGCCAGAGGCUGA